CGGCCCCGGGAUGGCGGCGUGAGGCCGAGGCACUGUGUCAACAGCCUGCCUGCAGGAGGAGUUCCUGGAGACUGUUCUGGAGCCCAUCUGAUUGCUGCUGCCACAGGGUCCCAGCCAGCCAGCCACCAUGUACUGCCUUCAGUGGCUGCUACCCGUCCUGCUCAUACCCAAGCCCCUCAACCCAGCGUUGUGGUUCAGUCACUCAAUGUUCAUGGGCUUCUACCUGCUGAGCUUCCUCCUGGAACGGAAACCUUGCACAAUUUGUGCCUUGGUCUUCCUGGCAGCUCUAUGCCUCAUCUGCUACAGCUGCUGGGGGAACUGCUUCUUGUAUCACUGCACGGGAUCCCAGCUGCCAGAAUCAGCUCAUGAUCCCAGCAUAGUGGGCACCUAAAAGACAAUAAUCUUACAGUCUGCUGAGGGCUCGUUUUGCUUUUGGA